UUGCAGACGCGCUUCGGACAAGUUGUCAAUUGAAAAACCGUGUGGCACUCGCAGAGGAAUUCGAAUCGUAUCGAAUCGAACCGAAAAUACGUUAGUUUAAUUAUGCCAUUCGUAUGUGCGUUGUGUUGGUUUUUUGCCCAGAAACCGAAAUUACACUACCCAAAAUAGCAACAGACAAUUUUGAGUCCACUAACUUUCAUUUUUAUGCGAUCCGAAAUUUCUGCGCGAUGUUUGCCCAGUUUAUUAACAGCAAUUUGGGAAGUUAGCGUGUAAAUGAAUUUUACAGCAAUAAAAAAAACGACGAAAGAAGUCAGAAAUCAAUCAAAGCCAAAAUGAGACAAGGCCAAACUGUAAAAGCCAAACAAAUAUAAAUAAAUAAUACCCACGAAAAAAAACCCAACCAAAACGAAGACAAGGCGAGCUACGUAGUUACCUUUAAAAAUAACAGCAACAAUACGAAGCUCAUUGAACAAAAGUGAGAGUGAUUUCCAAACCGCUGUGUGGCUGUUAGCUGCUAUGGAUUUUUGUAUUUACGCUUUUAUUUAAGCCAGACCCAAACACAUCGCUGUGUGUGUGUGUGUGUGAGUGUGUUUGCAUAUCGCGUCGGAAUCGAAAUCGCGUAAACAAAAGCGACUAACGAAAACUUGGCAACAGAAAUAUUUCAAAUAUUUAUCCAAAUGACGCACCUGCCGUCGAGCAACUGACCAACCUCAAAGUCGCAAUCAAGUUUUCUGAAUGUUGCGCAAAAGGCUCAAGUGUUUGGAAAUUCUGCAAAAUCGCUGGCAAUGCUGGCAAAAAAAAAAUAGUAAUCAUAUCUGUAGUAACAUGAAGUAAUCGCCUGUGUAAUUGCAGUUUCUGUGGCUCCACAUAAAUGCUGACUGCUGGUCAUGUCUUGGCCAAAACAAUGGGGCUACGCUAGCCUCUGGCUGCCUUUGCUGAUCGGCCUGCUAUACACCGAAAAUGCAUCCGCUUUCAUUGUGCCAAGGGAACUACCGUCCAUAUUAUCCAUAGUUUACUCCAAUAUACCACCGAUUAAGAAGGGAACCGAUUCCCGGUUGGGCUUUGGUUUUCGCCUGGGCGAGCAUGCCGACUUUCAAGUGAUGGUGGAAUUGGGUCCCCAGAAGGAAACCCGUCCCAUUGGGGAACCCAACCAGGAUGAUCAAUCGUUUAACAAGCGGCAGGUGAGCCAAAGCGAUCAAAAGGCCCUGGCACGCCAACUUUACCGCCAGCAGGUGAAAAAGGAGGCCGAGAGAUUAAUGACCUCCACGGAGAAAAAUGCGGCCAGCUGGCUGGAGACUUGGUCGAAUGGAAUGAAACCGCAAAAGCCCAAAUCAAAGGACCAGGCCAGAAGGCCAGUGAAAGAAGAAAGUUCGGCUGCUAGUCAUCAGUAUACGCAACCGCAAUCUCAAUCGCAAGAUCCCUCGAAUGCCAUGCAGCAGCUGCAGUUGCUCUACCAAAUGGCCACCAGUUCCAGCACCACAUCCACUGCGGCUCCUCCUGCCUUCACGGGUGGUUCACUCAACUUAGGGGGUCCAAGUGGCUUCAAGCUGCCACCACCGGCUCUCUCCCAGGAUACAAAUUCCCUGAGCAAUCCAGCUCCCCUCAAGAGUCAAAGUGAGAUCACCAAGGAGCUAAUGGAUGUCAGUCUGGGAACAGACACUUAGGUUGUGUGCAUAUCUAGUUACUAAUUAAACUUAGGUGCUUAGCGAAUCUGUGUGUAGUAUGGCUUAGCUAUGUUUUUGUAAAUAAAAUUUAAAUCUAAAGUUAAGUUAGCGAAAUGUUUUAUUCAGCCUAAGGAUAGGCAACAAAAAGUUAACUAAAGUAAAGAUCAAAUUAUGUCAUGUAAUAUACAUGCACAUGUACAUGUAGAAUUGUAUAAAUGUAAAAUAUUUGUCUAAUAAAACAUUGUAACAAAUUAAGUUAAAAAACGUUAAAAAUGUUGUAUUGCAGUUUUUGAAGUGUUAAGGUGAGUUAAUUUUAAAAUCAUUUAAAAUUUACGUAA